AUGGAGUAUGAGAACCCGAUUACUAGGGCCAGGGAGAAGGAUGCGACUCUAGGGGAGAAAGCACUGGGACUUAAGAUAUCUGAGAAUCUAAUGACAAUUAUAAAGCCGUAUUUCCUCAGAAGAACUAAAGAAGACAUCAAAAAAAGUCAUGCUGACAAACCAGAUGCCCCUCUUCCUGAGGAUCCAAGCGAGGCUCGUGCUCCUGUCAUGCCAUCUCUCACCAGGAAAAAUGACUUUGUUGUGUGGGUGUACUUGUCCCCAACGCAGGAGAAAAUCUACAGGAACUUUCUCUGUCUAGAUCACGUGAAAGAAGUGCUGAUGACAACCCGGUCACCUUUGGCUGAGCUGACUGUCUUGAAGAAGCUGUGUGACCACCCCAGGCUUCUGUCCGCGAGAGCGUGUAUCCAGCUGGGCUUAGAUGGCCAGGAGUGCUCAGAGGAGGAUCCCAGCAGCGAAGCAGGCGUGCUCUCGGGUGCCAACAAAAUAGAUCACCUGUCUGUUGAGACCCUGAUUCAGGAGUCUGGGAAAAUGCUGUUCCUGGUAGGGCUUCUAGAAAGACUGCGAGAGGAGGGGCACCGAACUCUGGUGUUCUCGCAGUCGAGGAAGAUGCUGGAUAUCAUCGAGCAGGUUUUGUCUCGCAGGCAGUUUAAGAUCAUGCGUAUCGAUGGCACGGUGACCCACCUGACGGAACGGGAGAAGCGCAUUAGCGCCUUCCAGAGCAACAAGGACUACUCCGUCUUCCUGCUGACCACACAAGUCGGUGGUGUUGGCAUAACCUUAACAGCAGCCAACCGAGUGGUGAUCUUUGAUCCCAGCUGGAAUCCAGCUACAGAUGCUCAGGCUGUAGACAGGGCUUACAGGAUUGGGCAAAAGGAGAACGUCGUGAUCUACAGACUGAUCACCUGCGGUACAGUGGAAGAGAAAAUAUAUAGGCGACAAGUAUUUAAGGAUUCGUUAAUAAGACAGACUACUGGUGACAAAAAGAACCCAUUUAGGUAUUUCUCCAAACAGGAACUAAGGGAGCUCUUCACAUUAGAAGACACCCGCACAUCCACAACUCAGAUCCAGCUGCAGUCUCUGCAUGCCACCCAAAGAAAGACUGACCUGCAGCUGGAUGAGCACAUCGCUUAUUUACACUCUCUGGAAAUGUUUGGCAUUUCUGAUCAUGACUUAAUAUUUACGAGAGAAAUGACUCACGAGGAGCAGGCUGAGAGUGAAGAAGCCCAUCAGUACAUUCAAAAGAGGGUCCAGAAAGCCCACGAGCUAGUUCAGUUAGAGUCUCAGCUCAGAGAUAUGAGGAUGGAGGGGAUCAGAAAUGCUGUGGAGGAGACUUGGUCGAGACCACCAGAAUUGGCUUCCCAGGCAAAGAAGAGGUCUCCGGGGCUGAACAACAUAAAUAACAUGGUUUCACCACCAGUAGCUGAUAAAAGUGAAAAUGACAAAGUCAUUGAUCUUACAGAGGAUGUGGAGGUCCAGAUCCUUGAUGUCAGCUCUAAAAUGACAAGUCUGACUGUUGAUGAGUUGGGUGAAGAGAAACUGGCACAAGUGAUGCCCAGUAUGGAUACAGAGCUGCUUUCCAGCAGCAAGAUAGAGGAACAGCCCGAUACACAAGGGUCUGGGCAAAAUAUGGACUCGAGCAUUAUAUCAUUAUCACCUGGACUUCGCCCACUCGAUAAAGAGAGCCCGAGCCUCAAACAGAAGCAGCGUUCUCCUGUUCCCCAUGUAAAUUCGGAUAGCUUGGCUGAGGCUGGGAAUGGCCUUUCUGGGCAUUCUCUGCAUUUUGCUGAUGAGUCUGGUGUGGCUGACCAUCCCAGAAAGUUAAAAGAUGCAGAAAUGUCAGUUCAAGUACUUGACCUGCUUGCUGUCUCAGAGACAGAGGGGAAUGACAUUCCUGAGCCAGCUUUAGCUGCCACGCCACCAAACCUACCGAAUGUUACGCCAGAAGCCCAUGCUGGGUUCCAGAAGUCCCGUGUGGUGGAAGCCAGCUUGGAGGAAAUGUCUGUGCCAUCUCUCCAGGAUCAAGUCGACUUCAAUCUGGUCUUGGAAGAGUCUGAAGAUGGAUGGCAAGAUGUCUCAAAUGGGGAAAGGUCACUGGAGCACCCAGCGGAUGAGGGCUUCCAACUAAAAAUGGGAAGUCUUUGUAAAUCUCCAGCAAAAACUGUGGAAAGUGAGAAUGGUAACUCUGGAAGCCCCUGCCAGGCAGCUGAAGAAGAUCCAAAUAACUCCUUGCAAGGGGGUGAAGCAUCAGAGGAAAACAGUGUUAUCCUCGUUUCGGGUAGAAGAAAGAAGAGUGUGAAAAGAAUUGUUUCAGACAGUGAGGAUGAGGACUCUUCUGUUAUGAUCUCAGAGGAAGAGCAGUCUGAUAAAAAGUCCUCUCCCUUGAACGUCCCUCUGCAUCAAUUUCUGGAAGGGAUUACUGCAUCUACUCCUAAAAGCAACAGGAGUCUAUCAAAAAACAUUUUUUCUCCCAAAUUAACUAACAGCGGUAACAGGUCUACAGCUUCCAGGAGAUCCCUGAUCAACAAGGUGGUAGAUGAGGUGGAGGAUAUCGGAGAAAUCAUGGGAACCACUGAUGAAGAAGAAAACAGCGAUGAGGAGCAAGAAGACCUUGUGGAAGACGAAGCAGAAGAGUGUAGUGCAGAGUCUGUUGAGCCUGAGGAAGAACCUGCUGGAGAAACGCUUAAUUCAACUGAAGAGUCCUUCCACGUAGAGGGCAUGCAGUCCGAAGCAGAUGAGACAGAGUCAUCUCAGGAGGAAGUCCACUGGUGA